AUCAUCACUGCUCUAAACACUGCCACACCUUGUCUUGUUUUGGGCCAUGUCAAUAGAUUAACAAUUACCCUAUUCUCUCUUGCUCUCUUUUUUUCUUUCAUGUGAUAAUAAAGUGAUACAUACCACUUCACUUCACUUCACUUCCCAUCACUCACAGUCACAGUAUUGAAACUCACACUUUGUUUGCGUUUUUUUGUGGUAAAGUAAGAAAACACAACACAUUCUUUCUAUCUAGUUUCAUUCCAUUUCCAGCAAGCAAUUGCAUUGCAUCUACCAACAAUUUACCUACGAUCGACCGAACAAACAAAGUUCUAGCUACAACAAGGAAAAGGUGGAAAACCCUAGCAAUUCACAACAGAAGAACGUAUACUAGGGACCGUAAUCACAGGAUUAUCAAAGAAAUAUGGCAUUGGUUUCAGCUGAAUCAACAAACCCUAGCAGCUACAAUGGAAGUGAUUCAAGUGGUGGCAACAAGAUCAACAGGUACGAGAGCCAAAAGAGGAGAGACUGGAACACAUUCUGCCAGUAUUUAAGAAACCAUCGACCAGUGCCACUUUCUGCUUCAAUGUGCAAUGGAACACAUGUUCUUGAAUUCCUUCACUAUCUUGAUCAAUUUGGGAAGACUAAGGUUCACAAUCCAACUUGUCCUUUCUUUGGGAUGCCAAACCCUCCAUCUCCAUGUGCUUGUCCUCUCCGUCAGGCGUGGGGUAGCCUUGAUGCUCUUGUCGGUCGCCUCCGCGCCGCAUAUGAUCAAGAGAUCAAUGGUGGAAGUAGUAAUCCUUUUGGUGAUGGUGCUGUUAGGUUUUACUUGCGUGAUGUUCGUGAUUUCCAGUCAAAGGCUAGAGGAGUUAGCUACCAUAAGAAAAGGAAGAGACCUAACCGCAACAUCACAACUAUUUCUCAAUCAUCCUCAUGAACUCAAAUCUAAAUCGCUGUUUAUGAUCAGAAUCUUCUUUAUAUUGCAAUAAAAAUGUGGCAAAUUUGAUCAA